AUGGCCGCAGCUGGGAGUGACCGCUAUUUCCAUUCUUAUUCCCCCUACGCACAGCAGAAGUACAGCAACAUCUCCUGUUUGUGGGAAACUCAGCCCUUCGGCUGUGUGAGGAUCAGCUGUGCCUUCCAUCAUAGCAAACCUCGUAAUAUAAAUGGACUUUUUCUGCCACCAAAUGACAAUGCCCCAUUGCAGCUGGGUGUCCAAGAAGGGAUUCUGCAUCCAGCCCAUCAUCAAGAAUCACUCCGAAAUCAAGAGAAUAUUUUACUACCAAUUCACCCUCCGCUGAUUAUAAACCUCAACAAGGAAGAGGACCAAGAGGAGGAUGAAGAGGACCAUGAAGAGGAAGAGAACUGUGUUUCUCACUGGAUGCCUAAGACUGCUGCAGAUAUUGAGGAGGAAAGAGCAAUAAAGGAGAUAUGCUAUAAAUCUGGAGAGUGUUACAGGAUUCAGUACCCUCAUGAACACCAGUCAACAAAACCUGUGCCUUCGCCUUGGGAAAAGGAGCUAUUAACCUUGGAAGCUACCGAGCGAGACUUGCAGAAAGAAACAAACCACACUGAGCUGGAAAAGAACCAUCACUGUAAAGAAGGAAAGAAGCAGAAAUGGAUUUGUGAGGAGCCGAGAAAUGCACCUAAUGCAGUUAGAGGCAAAGGAGUUGACACUUCAGACCCCAAAGUAAAACCAGGUUACCAACAGAGGGGUCCAGGGAAGGAUGAAGAAUCUAGUUCCUCUGUUUCUGACAUGAGAGAAGCUGGAAGAAAGACUUAUUUCAAUUCUUUGGAACCCCGAAGAUCAGCAUUUGUAGUCUACCGUUCUGUCACCGUCACCCAAGAGCCAAAGUUCAAUGGGUCUACUGGGCACAGUAAUACAAUUCCUACAAAAUUCAAUAAUCCCAAAAGAGAAGGAGAGGGAUCAGGAAGGAGAGCACCAACAGAGAGCAUUCCCAGAACAGGUAGCCGGUCCUUUGAAAAUGGAGGAAUUGACACUUCAGACCCCAAAGUAAAACCAGGUUACCAACAGAGGGGUCCAGGGAAGGAUGAAGAAUCUAGUUCCUCUGUUUCUGACAUGAGAGAAGCUGGAAGAAAGACUUAUUUCAAUUCUUUGGAACCCCGAAGAUCAGCAUUUGUAGUCUACCGUUCUGUCACCGUUACCCAAGAGCCAAAGUUCAAUGGGUCUACUGUGGUACCUGAGCCAUAUAGUGGGAAAUGCGCCAAACAGAAGAACCAGCCUGACACAAACAGAAGAUGUUGGACCCAAACAGAAAACUAUGGUAAUCCUUACAUGUUGGGCAAAUACACUUCAGGAUCUUAUAAUGUGCCAACUUGGAGGAAAAGAAAUCCACGUGCAAAAACGUUCUCCAAGGCUAAAACAACCAUUCAGCAGAGCCAAGAAGCCAUGGAAGAGAGUAGAAAAUGGAGAGCAAUCUGUGGAACGGAGAAAGAGAUGAAGCGAGGGCGUCAAUUUACAAGAAAAAUCUAA